ACAGAUGCUGGAUUUAAAGCAGGUUUUCGUUUUUCUUACCAAGUCUUCGCUUUGAUGGACGUCAGACAGACAGGCAACUAUUGUUGCCGCCGUUUGUUGUUGUGGCUGUCGGUGAAUUAACUAAAUCAUAAUCAUCUAUCAGCCGACAGCGACACUGAGUGAGAUCAUCAGCUUGGCCGUGAAAUGCAGUCGCUGAAAAUGUGAGCAGCAAAAAAGAGCAGCGAAACUGCAAAGCGAGACGCGUUUAGAAAGUGUACUUAAAUAGUCUUAAGCAAGAUGCAACUGCAACUGCAGCUAACAAUACUCACAAUACUAAUCCAUGCGAGCCUUGCCGAAACGAAGCGUUCGCUUGCGUUGCCUAAUUUGCCGUCCAAUCACCUCAUCCGCUACCUGAACACCUUCCCCAAACUCAAGGGACAACUGCCGGCGAAUGCAACGACGCGCACCGAAUCGAAUCGCGCGUGCUGGGGCCAUGAGCGGAACUGCAGCGAGGAGGCCCGCUUUCAGACGCCCCACUGCCCCGGCGAUCACACCGGCUGGGUGCAGAGCAAGGAAGCCCAGGUGCAGACCUUCUACUAUCAGGCGGACUUUGGUUACAUUCAGCAGCAGCUGGCAGAACUGACGCCCCUCUGCUUGCCCAAUUACCUCACAGACUCCUCGCUGGAGUGCACACGCUAUUUGCGCUUCUGUCGCGGACGCAAUUUACUUGUGGAUCUCAGAGAUUUGCCGCAGCGAGAGGAGCGCAUUCGUUAUCACAUGGACGUACUACGUCCUGGCCAGCUGUUGGGCCAUUGUGAUCUGAAUCGGACGCGUCUCACGGCCGAAAUGGAGCACAUUGGUUCGGCGCUGCAAUCUUGGGGACCAGAGCUGCGUAAUUUCGAUGUGUUGCCACAGCCAAUGAUGGAAAGCGACGCAUGUGAUCUGGUUGUGAAUGCGCCCACGUUCAUCAUGAAGAUCGAUGCCACAUACAAUAUGUAUCAUCAUUUCUGUGACUUUUUCAACCUAUACGCCUCACUCUUUGUCAAUCAAUCCCAUCCGGCUGCCUUCAACACGGACGUCCAGAUACUCAUCUGGGAAACGUAUCCUUACGACUCACCCUUUCGGGAUACAUUCAAGGCCUUCUCCCAGCGACCCGUGUGGACUCUUAGCGAUGUUCAGGGCAAGCGGAUCUGCUUUCGAAAUGUUGUGCUUCCCCUGCUGCCACGCAUGAUCUUUGGAUUGUUCUACAAUACGCCAAUUAUUCAGGGCUGUUCGAACAGUGGAUUAUUUCGUGCCUUUUCAGAGUUCAUUUUGCAUCGACUGCAGAUACCCUUCCAGCCGCCGUUGAAGGAACGCAAGCUGCGCAUAACAUAUUUGUCGCGUCGCACAAAAUACAGACAGGUGUUGAAUGAGAACGAGCUGCUCGCCCAGCUGGAAGCCAAUGAGGAUUACCUCGUGCAGCGUGUCUCCUUCGAACGUUUGUCGUUCGUGGAGCAAUUGGCCAUCACACGGAACAGUGAUAUGUUGAUUGGCAUGCAUGGCGCUGGUUUGACGCACUUGCUCUUUUUGCCCAAUUGGGCGUGCAUCUUUGAGCUGUACAAUUGUGAGGAUCCCAAUUGCUACAAGGAUCUGGCGCGUUUGCGUGGUGUACACUAUGCCACCUGGGAGCAACCGGAGCUGGUCUAUGCCCAGGAUGAAGGACAUCAUCCUGAGGGUGGAGCCCAUGCCAAAUUCACAAAUUAUCGCUUUGAUGUGCCGGAGUUUGAACGUGUGGUAGCUAAAGCGGCGGUAGCGGUUCGCGCCCACGAGGAAUUUCCAAAGGCAGCGACUACAACAACGCAACAACAUGAUGAGUUUUAGCGCUUUGUGAUUUGUUUAACCAAUGCAUUUAUUAUUGUGUCCAAUGCAUUUAUUUUGUUUAAAAAUAAACCGACAGCAGCGAAAUCGAUAACACUGGUUUGCACUCGCAGCGCCCUCUA